AUGGCGGUUACCCGAGCCCUAGCCGUGGCGGUUAUAACGAGCACAGCCGGAGUAUGCUUGGCUUGUGUCUCCGGCUCACUCUGUGUAUUUGCAGUGACAUUAUGCACGUUCCUGCUGCUCGCCCCCCUCUGCCAGCCUGGAAGACCCAAUCAGGUGUGUGUGCUGGUCCUGGGCGAUGUGGGCCGCAGCCCUCGGAUGACGUAUCACGCGCUGUCAUUGGCUAGAAAUGGCUUCGACGUCACGCUGGCCGGCUUCCGUGAAACCGAUCCUCACAAAGAUGUCUUGAACAACAAGAAAAUAAAAAUCCACAAGAUGUCUGACUUCAAAGGGUUGGCAGCUUGUCCGAGGAUAUGUCGGUAUGUUUUAAAGGUCAUGGUACAAGCAAUACAGCUGUUUUGGGUACUGAUGAAAAUUGAUCCACCAUCUUUUAUCCUUCUUCAGAAUCCACCAGGUUUACCUAGCAUUGCAGUUACAUGGGUCUUCUGCUAUCUUCGAAGAUGCAAGCUAAUAAUUGAUUGGCACAACUAUGGAUACACGAUCAUGAGUCUGACACACAGACCCAGACAUCCAAUCCUGCUUAUUGCAAAAUGGUAUGAGAAAAUAUUUGGCAGACUUUCAGAUUACAACUUCUGUGUGACAAAUGCAAUGAAAGACGAUUUGAUGCUUAACUGGAAGAUAAAAGCGAUUACUCUUUAUGAUAAACCUGCUUCAAUAUUCAAAGAGACUCCAGUUGAGCUGCAGCAUCAGUUAUUUAUGAAGCUAGCCAAAGACUAUUCUCCAUUCAGAUCUCAAGUAGAAUAUGACAAGUCAGAAAUUGAAAGAUCUGCAUUCACAGAAUUCAACAGAAAGAGCAACAUUGUUAAAUACAAUGCUGGAAGACCUGCACUGCUAAUCAGUAGCACAAGCUGGACAGAGGAUGAAGACUUCAAUGUUUUACUGAGGGCACUACAAGACUAUGAUGCGCUCGCCAGCAAUGGAAGCACCCUUCCUUCCGUUGUUUGCGUUAUUACAGGAAAAGGCCCUUUGAAGGAAUAUUAUUGUAAGUUAAUAAAAGAGCUGCAGCUUCAGAACACCCAGAUAUGUACACCAUGGUUGGAAGCUGAAGACUAUCCUGUUUUACUUGGAUCGGCUGACCUAGGAGUUUGUCUCCACAAGUCUUCCAGUGGUUUGGACCUUCCUAUGAAAGUUGUUGAUAUGUUUGGCUGUUGCCUUCCUGUGUGUGCAGUAAAUUUUAAAUGUUUACAUGAACUAGUGAAACAUAAAGAAAAUGGACUGAUCUUUGAAGAUUCUAAAGAACUUGCUGAACAGCUAAAGAUAUUAUUCACUAAUUUUACAAGUGACUUGGGUGAACUGAAGCAAUUUCGGCAAAAUCUCAGAGAAUCUAAACAAAUGCGUUGGGACGAAACCUGGGACCAAACUGUUCUUCCACUCUUUAAAGGAAACUAA